AUGGCUGUUCAAACACUUGCAAUCGCCGUGGUCACGGUAGUAUACCUGAUUAUUCGCUAUUUCAACCGCACCGAUGUGCCAAAGAUCAAGGGCCUUCCAGAGAUUCCUGGGGUGCCUAUUUUCGGCAACCUGUUGCAGCUAGGAGAUCAGCAUGCCACCGUGGCGGGGAAAUGGGCGAAAAAGUUUGGCCCCGUCUUCCAAGUGCGCAUGGGCAACAAGCGCAUUGUUUUUGCCAACAGCUUUGACUCGGUGCGCCAACUGUGGAUCAAGGAUUCGUCCGCUUUGAUCUCUCGUCCGACAUUCCACACAUUCCACAGCGUGGUCUCCAGCUCCCAAGGAUUUACCAUUGGAACAUCGCCCUGGGAUGAUUCUUGCAAGCAGCGCCGCAAGGCUGCGGCCACUGCACUCAACCGACCGGCUGUGCAGUCGUAUAUGCCCAUUAUUGAUCUCGAGUCCAACUCGAGUAUCAAGGAGCUAUACCGCGACAGCAAAAAUGGCAAGCUCGACGUGAACCCGACCACCUAUUUCCAGCGAUUUGCCCUCAACACCAGUCUGACCCUCAACUACGGGUUCCGAAUCGAGGGUAACGUCGAUGACCAAUUGUUGCAUGAGAUUGUGGACGUGGAGCGAGGAGUGUCGAACUUCCGCAGUACCUCGAACAACUGGCAGGACUAUAUCCCUCUGCUGCGAAUCUUUCCCAAGAUGAACAAGGAGGCCGAGGACUUCCGCGGUCGCCGGGACAAGUAUCUCACCUACCUGCUCGAUAUGCUCAAGGAUCGCAUCGCCAAGGGAACCGAUAAGCCUUGUAUCACUGGAAAUAUUCUGAAAGACCCCGAUGCCAAAUUGAACGAUGCCGAGGUGAAGUCCAUUUGCCUGACAAUGGUGUCCGCUGGACUUGAUACUGUUCCAGGUAACUUGAUCAUGGGUAUCGCAUACUUGGCGUCAGAAGACGGUCAGCGGAUCCAGAAAAAGGCAUAUGAGGAAAUCAUGGAGGUUUAUCCGGAUGGCGAUGCCUGGGAAAAGUGUUUGGUGGAAGAGAAGGUUCCUUAUGUGACCGCCCUGGUCAAGGAAAUCCUUCGAUUCUGGACGGUGAUCCCUAUCUGUUUGCCCCGUGAGAGCACCAAGGAUAUUCAAUGGAAUGGAGCGACCAUUCCCGCCGGGACCACUUUCUUUAUGAACGCCUGGGCGGCGGACUACGAUGAGGAUCAUUUCAAAGAUGCUGACAAGUUCAUCCCCGAGCGGUAUCUGGAGCUGGGCGAAGGCUCGGGCACUCCUCAUUACGGCUAUGGAGCGGGUUCUCGCAUGUGUGCGGGCUCCCACCUAGCAAACCGAGAGCUGUUCACGGCAUUCAUCCGCCUGAUCACUGCAUUCCAUAUGCACACUGCGAAAGAAGUCGCUGAUCGACCCAUUCUCAAUGCCAUUGAUUGCAAUGCUAUUGCAACAGCGUUGACCACCGAGCCGAAGCCCUUCAAGGUUGGGUUCACCGCGCGGGAUCCCAAGAAGCUUGAGCAAUGGAUUGCCGAGAGCGAUGAGCGCACCAAGGAUCUUUAA